UUUUGUUUCACUGUUUGUUGAGUAAACGGAACAAAGCUCUCUCUCACCGACGGCGACAGUAACAUUGCCGGAGGCGGGAGUGCUUCUGCGAAUCUGUAGCUCAAAAUCAAAAAUUCUGGGUGUACUACAUUGGUGUUCCUUCCUUGAUCCCAUCAGAUUACUACAACAAUGGCGCAGGAUUCUGCUGGUGAUGACGAUUAUGUGGAUUGGAAUACCGAUGAUGAUUUGGAGAUUGAUAACUUUCAGUCAUCUCCAUCUCCAGUACAUUCCAGGGCCGAUACUUUAGUUGGUGUAGCCGUGACAACUAGUUCCUUGAGCUCUCCUACUACUGAGACAACUGACUUAGUUCAGAUGGGCUUCUCAGACGAGAUUUUUGCUACAUUGUUUGACAUGGGAUUUCCUGUUGAGAUGAUUGCUAGAGCAAUCAAGGAAGCUGGACCAAAUGCAGAAACUUCGGUUAUUAUUGAUACUAUCUCCAAGUACUCAAGUGAUUGUGAAGCUGGUUCUUCCAAGUCCAAGACUAUUGAUCAUUUCCUUGCCAUGGGAUUUGAUGAAGAAAAAGUUUUCAAAGCUAUUCAUGAACAUGGAGAAGAAAAUAUGGAGAAAAUAGCUAAUGCACUCCUCUCUUGUCCAGAGGCAGAGAAAGUAGCAGAAGUAAAAGAAGAAGACGACAUUGAUUGGUCUGAUGAUGAGAUCAAUUAUGCUGAUUUAUUAAUCUCUGAUGAUGAGGAGGAUCCAAACUCCUCCAAUGAAAAUGGCAACCAAAUACGUUCUUUGGUGAGAAUGGGUUUUUCAGAGGUAGAAGCUUCUCUAGCUGUGGAGAGAUGUGGGAAAAAUGUGGACAUUGCAGAGCUCACGGACUUCCUUAGUGCUGCUCAGAUGGCUCGAGAAUUUAGUGAGUUCCACACUGAUCCUGAAGAACAAAAGCCUAGACAUGAUGUUAAGAAAAGGCGGUUAGAGUCGAAUAGAGAGUCAAGGUCAUCUGUUGAUGAUGAGCCGGUUCGCCUACCAAAUCCAAUGAUAGGAUUUGGGCUUCCAAAUGAGCCAGGACUCAUCACAUCUCGAAAACUUCCAGAGUUAGCACGAGGUCCACCUUUUUUCUACUACGAAAAUGUCGCCCUCGCACCUAAAGGUGUCUGGGAGACUAUAUCUCGACAUCUAUAUGAGAUUCUACCGGAGUUUGUGGACUCGAAGUACUUUUGUGCUGCUGCGAGGAAGAGGGGUUACAUCCACAACCUGCCUAUCAACAACAGAUUCCAGAUUCAGCCUCCACCAAAAUACACUGUUAAUGAAGCAUUUCCUUUGACUAAAAAAUGGUGGCCAGAGUGGGAUACAAGGACCAAGCUGAACUGCAUUUUGACUGUUACAGGCAGUGCCCAGUUAACUGAGAGGAUCCGUACAGCCCUUGAGCCUUACACUGGAGAACCAGAACCGCCUAAGCAUGUACAAAAAUAUGUGAUUGACCAGUGUAGAAGAUGGAACCUCGUCUGGGUGGGGAAGAAUAAAGCUGCCCCACUCGAGCCAGAUGAGAUGGAGAAUCUUCUGGGAUUUCCAAAAAAUCAUACACGAGGUGGUAGAAUGAGCAGAACUGAGCGGUACAAGUCUUUGGGAAAUUCUUUUCAGGUAGAUACUGUGGCCUAUCAUCUGUCUGUCCUGAAACCCAUUUUCCCGAAUGGUAUCAAAGUUUUAUCGCUUUUCACGGGUAUUGGAGGUGGAGAAGUGGCGCUUCAUCGUCUCCAAAUCCGAAUGAAGCUUGUUGUGUCUGUUGAGAUCUCAAAAGUCAACAGAAAUAUUUUGAAGGACUUUUGGGAACAAACUAACCAAACUGGAGUUUUGAUUGAGUUUGAUGAUGUGCAGAACUUAACUAAUGAUACCAUCGAAAAAUUGAUGGAAAGAUACGGUGGUUUUGAUUUAGUUAUUGGAGGAAGUCCUUGCAACAAUCUGGCAGGUGGUAACAGAGUAAGCCGAGUUGGUCUUGAAGGUGCCCAGUCUUCUUUGUUCUUUGAGUACUGCAGGAUUCUGGAUGUUGUACGUGCAAGGAUGAGAAGAUCUUGAUCCCUGAAUUGAAGUUGAUAUGACUUGUCUUCUUAGUAUCUUUAUCUAUAGCAUCGUAUCUGUUAUUUUGGGAUUAAAAUCUAGUUGAACUUUAUCUAUAGCAUCGUAUCUGUUAUGUAAUUUGGCCGUACAUCAUUGAUUGACAUAAAGCCAACAUAACUCUCUUGCUUUUUACACCAAUGUAUCUGCAGCUGCAUCUUCACUUUUCU